AUGACUUCUCUUUCACAUCUCGAUCUCUCUGGGAAUAUUCUCGAGGGAGAUCUUUCAAGUACAUUUAGGGAAAUGACUUCUCUUUCACAUCUCGAUCUCUCUGGGAAUAUUCUCGAGGGAGAUCUUUCGAGCAUUUUUCAAUCUUUAUCCUGUUCAAACAAGUCGUUGAUGUUUCUCUCCUUGGAGAGUAACAACCUUACUGGUUCAUUGCCAGAUUUCACGAAGUUUCAUUCCCUAACAAAGUUGAAUCUGGCCUCAAAUAAACUAAAUGGUUCAUUUCCCUCUACUUUUGAAAGACGUUCAAAUCUUGUCACAUUAUCUCUUCAAGAAAAUCAACUUACAGGAUCAGUGCCUGAUCUUUCCAUAUUUAGGUCACUGAGAGUGUUGCAACUUCAAAAUAACCAAUUAAAUGGCACAAUACAUGCAGGUCUAGGGCAACUUUCAAGGCUUGAGCAGCUGGAUAUUUCCUCAAACUCAUUGAAAGGUGAGAUUAGUGUGAGUCACCUCUUGAAUCUCUCUAGGUUGCACCACUUGGAUAUGUCCUUUAACUCAUUGUCUUUUAAUGUUGGCUCUAGUUGGGUGCCUCCAUUUAGAUUGGACACUGUAGGACUUGCUUCUUGUAGGUUAGGAUCUCGCUUCCCAGAAUGGCUUCGAACUCAAACAAAUUAUGUAAGCUUGGAUAUGUCACAUGCUGGGAUAUCGGAUACCAUUCCUUUUUGGUUUUGGAAUCUUUCUUCAAGAGCUACAUUCAUCAACCUAUCUCAUAACAAACUUCGUGGUGAGCUAAUCAAUCCAUCAACUAAAAAUAUCACGGCUUCCUCGUUCUCUGCCAUUGAUUUGAGCUCUAACCUCCUUGAGGGUUCUUUAACACGGUUCUUUGGAGAUUAUGAUUAUCUUAAUCUCUCUAGAAAUAGUUUCUCUGGGUCAAUAUCUUUUAUCUGCAAAAGUGCAUGGAUGUUAGGUCUUGACCUUUCACAUAACCUCUUUUCUGGUAAGUUACCUGAUUGUUGGUCUGGUUUUGAUCUAUCUGUCUUAGAUUUGUCAAAUAAUAACUUGUCUGGCGAGCUUCCUAGUUCAUUUGGUUCCUUAAUCGGGUUAAACAGUUUGCAUUUGAGAAAUAACAAGUUCUCUGGGAAGAUACCUUCGUUCUUUUGCAACUUUACCCAAUUAUUUUAUUUAGAUCUUGGUGACAACCUGUUUUCUGGAGAAAUACCAAAAUGGAUGGGGCAUAUGCUACCAAAUUUGACUGUUCUUAGUCUUCGGAACAAUUCCUUCUCUGGAAAAGUACCUCUAGAACUUUGCCGUUUAUCUUCUAUUCAAAUUCUUGAUCUGUCUACAAACAAUAUCUCUGGAGUGAUUCCAAAUUGUCUGUGCAGCUUUGCUGCAAUGACACAGAAAUUGAGACCCCCUGUAGAUAUUCAGGACAUGAAUGGUACUUUCUCAUCCAUCGGCCCAUACAGAGACUACAUCUCUCUUGUAAUAAAAGGAUUCAUCUAUGAGUACAAAAACCACCUGGAACUUGUAAAGAGCGUCGAUCUUUCAAGUAACAUGUUGGGAGGGAUUAUUCCUGCUGAAAUUUCUUGUCUUACAGGAUUGAUUUCCUUGAACCUUUCAGGAAACAAUCUCAUUGGACCUAUCACUGUAAAGAUAGGUAUGCUGAAGUCUCUAGAGUCCUUAGACUUGUCUAAUAACCAUCUUUCUAGCCAGAUUCCUUCAACUCUUUCAAAUUUGAACUUCUUGGGCACUUUGAGCUUGGCAAAUAACAACUUGUCUGGGAGGAUUCCGACAGGAACUCAAAUCCAAAGCUUUGAUGCUUCAGCGUUUGCAGGCAAUCCUAGACUUUGCGGGGACCCACUUCCGAAGAAGUGCAUUGAAGAGGGAGCCAAAGCAGACGAGAACAAUAAUCACAAGCCCAAAAACAACGAUGAAGAUAUAUUUUUGGGGCUGUAUAUCAGCAUUGCACUUGGAUUUAUCUCUGGUUUUUGGAUGGUUUGUGGUGUCUUGAUAUUCAAGAGAUCUUGGAGAUAUGCAUAUUUUCGCGUAUGGAUUCAUUUGUAUGACAGGCUCUAUGUGAUCACUUCUCUUAAACUUGCUUCUGUUCGAAGAUGUUUCCAAGCUUGA